AUGAGUGCAGCGGUGGCGCAGGUUCUCCGUAUCUCUCCAGCGGUGAGAAGCAUUCGCCCAACCAAGCCGCCUCCGAGAAUUCGUAGACCUCUCCCUCGCGACGAGAACCGUCUACCCAUUCCGCACGUUAACCUCGUCGUCCGGGACACUGCGCCAUGUCGCCUGCUCGACCACUACUACAAUACCGUUCGCGACGACAUCAUGUACAUGACCUACAAGCACCAGCCGAACCCCAAACCACCCCGCCAUGUCCGCCCCAAGUACGACCCCGAGGAUCCGUACACCAAGCACCGCUUUAACCCACCAAUCGGCGGUAACCAGUACUUCAAACGCCCACCACCAUUGGUGACGCCGGAGAACGUGGUAAAACUCGAGCGCAUCCAGCUGCAUACGCACGUCAAGGAGAGUUUUUCCAGCCGUAGCCACCUACUGGGUGCCAUGAUGGCAUUUCGCGCGAUCUCAGGUCAGAACGAGGACUCUGGAAACCAACACACGGUGGAAGGUGUCGAGCUAGCUGUAGGCAGGAGGAGCAUUCAGGGUUGGGUCAGGCCAGGCGCGCCCAUCGGGGUGAAGGUUGACCUGAAAGGCCCGAGAAUGUACGACUUCCUGGGUAUCCUCGUGGACUUUAUCCUGCCCAGAAUACGAGAGUUCCCCGGGCUCGUCAUGGAUGGCGCAUCGGGCCCGCUCAACAGCCCCAAUGCGGCGUCGGGUGUGGUUUCCUUCGGUUUGCCACCAGAAGCCAUGGCCUUCUUCCCGCAGAUAGAGGUUAAUUUGGAUGCCUACCCGAAAUCCUACGGCAUGCAUGUUCAUCUCAUCACGAGCGCGAAGGGUGUGGGGGCACAAAAUGUUGCCAGGGCAUUACUCUCUGGUUUCCAGGUUCCGUUCGCGCGGCGGUGA